UCCGCCGAUUUAUCAGCGUUUUUAAUCUGCGGCGAUGCCUGCGUGAUGUGUUUUUGUUACGUUUUCUGAAUGGUGAGAGCUCACAUAACGUCUAAGCUAUGACAGCAAAAGAUUCUUCUAGGGAACUUGCUGCUCCAGAGUCAGAGAUUUACAUAAGGACUUUCAAAGAACAAAUGCAUUUAGAGCUCGAGCUUCCCAAGCUGCCUGGGAACAGACCUACGUCUCCAAAAAUUUCUCCUCGCAGUUCACCGAGGAACUCUCCGUGCUUUUUCAGAAAGUUGCUCGUGAAUAAAAGCAUCCGCCAGCGUCGUCGCUUUACGGUGGCACAUACAUGCUUCGAUGUGGAAAAUGGCCCGUCACCAGGUCGCAGCCCGCUGGACCCGCAGGCCAGCUCCUCAUCAGGACUCGUAUUGCACACGACGUUCCCAGGCCACAGCCAGCGCAGGGAGUCGUUCCUGUACAGAUCCGACAGCGACUAUGACUUAUCACCAAAGACGAUGUCCAGGAACUCUUCUCUCCCAAGUGAACAGCAUGGGGACGACCUGAUUGUCACACCUUUCGCCCAGGUGCUGGCCAGUCUACGAAGUGUGAGGAACAACUUCACGAGGUUGGCUAAGAGAGAGUGCUUUGGAUCCAGCUUGCCAGGGCCCUUAGAAAAUCCAGAUACAAGUUUCCAACUGCCGCCGCGCCAGCCCGACUACAUGUCCGUCUGCCUCUUCGCAGAGGAGCCCUACCAGAAGCUGGCCAUGGAGACGCUGGAGGAGCUCGACUGGUGCCUGGAUCAGCUGGAGACCAUCCAGACCUACCGCUCCGUCAGCGAGAUGGCAUCCAACAAGUUCAAGAGGAUGCUGAACCGGGAGCUGACACACCUCUCCGAGAUGAGCCGCUCUGGCAACCAGGUGUCCGAGUACAUUUCCAACACUUUCCUGGACAAGCAGAAUGAUGUGGAGAUUCCUUCUCCCACCCAGAAAGACAGAGAGAAGAAGAAAAAACAGCAGCUCAUGACACAGAUUAGUGGAGUGAAAAAAUUAAUGCAUAGUUCAAGCUUAAAUAACACCAGCAUUUCACGAUUUGGUGUGAAAACAGAAAAGGAAGACCAUCUGGCCAAGGAACUGGAAGAUCUGAAUAAGUGGGGUCUCAACAUAUUCAAUGUUGCAAGGUAUUCCCACAACAGGCCGCUCACCUGCAUUAUGUACGCUAUAUUUCAGGAGCGAGAUCUCCUAAAAACAUUCAAGAUCUCAUCAGACACUUUUGUAACAUACAUGAUGACGCUAGAAGACCACUACCAUUCGGAUGUAGCUUACCACAACAGCCUCCACGCUGCUGAUGUUGCCCAGUCCACGCACGUUCUGCUCUCUACUCCUGCGCUGGAUGCCGUCUUCACUGAUUUGGAAAUCCUUGCUGCAAUUUUUGCAGCUGCAAUUCAUGAUGUGGAUCACCCCGGUGUCUCCAACCAAUUUCUUAUUAAUACAAAUUCCGAACUAGCCCUGAUGUACAAUGAUGAAUCCGUCUUGGAGAACCACCAUCUCGCUGUGGGUUUCAAACUGCUUCAAGAGGAGCACUGUGACAUCUUCCAGAACCUGACCAAGAAACAGCGCCAGACGCUCAGGAAGAUGGUGAUCGACAUGGUAUUGGCAACAGAUAUGUCCAAGCAUAUGAGUCUGUUAGCUGAUCUGAAGACUAUGGUGGAAACUAAGAAAGUGACCAGUUCAGGAGUCCUCCUUCUGGACAACUACACAGACAGAAUACAGGUUCUCCGAAAUAUGGUACAUUGCGCGGACUUGAGUAAUCCCACAAAGUCUCUGGAGCUGUACCGGCAGUGGACGGACAGGAUCAUGGAGGAGUUCUUCCAGCAGGGAGACAAAGAGCGAGAAAGAGGAAUGGAAAUCAGUCCAAUGUGCGACAAACACACAGCGUCAGUGGAAAAAUCACAGGUGGGAUUCAUUGACUACAUCGUCCAUCCGCUCUGGGAGACGUGGGCUGACCUGGUGCAGCCCGAUGCCCAGGACAUCCUGGACACGCUGGAGGACAACAGGAACUGGUACCAGAGCAUGAUCCCUCAGAGCCCAUCCCCUCCGCUGGAGGAGCGGGGCAGGGACUGUCAGAGCCUGAUGGAGAAGUUCCAGUUUGAACUGACGCUGGAGGAGGAGGAUUCAGAUGGACCGGAGAAGGAUGGUGAGAGCAUCGGCUACUUCAGCAAUACAAAGACACUGGCCGUGGCCGACCCAGGGGAAGAGGAUUCACAGAGGGAGGCGAACAUAGAAAUUGUGACGGAAGAUACGUCUCCUGUCGACACAUAAUGCCCUGUACCUGUGUGAGUGGAUUUUAAACACUUAACAAGCAUGCAAGCAGUCUCACGGACUGGCCUGCAGCCUGGGUCUGAGGCCUGUGUCUAACAUUGGCUGAAAGAUCUUCCCAGCUACUUGAGAUUGGAGUCAGGGUUAAAGAGCGUGUAGUGAAUGAUUGCUCAGGAAAUUAACAGGUGAUUUACAUUGUGGUUUAAGCCUUGUCAGCUAAGAGCACCGUGUGGUCCUGGAGCUGGCUUGGGUCGUGACUGAAGAGUAAACGACACACAACUGAGAGAUUUUAUACUGUUAGUUUUGGAAUUUAUACCAGUUAGACUGAUAGAAACUACUGAUUAAUAACUCUCCAUAUAAACCUGUCCACCUGACCACCUGUCUGCAGACCUGUGUGCCUUCUUUGUAAACACUUUCAUGUCUUUUCAAGAGUCUAUUAAUUAAAUACACAGAGUUUAGUAUAAAAAGCGACACAAAGUGUUUCAAAAUUGACGGAUACUUUUUUGAUUCUUCCUGUUACAAGAAGCAGUCUUCCUUUUUUCAUGGGCAAUACCUGUCACUUUAUUGCAGUUAAUCACUUUUACAGACUAAAUAGAAGGGAAACCCUCUGUUUUGCAUUUACUGCACCUUUAAUCGUCGUCUUCAUACCCCAGGUGUCCCAUUUAAAGUCACGUCAUGCCAUCGCGCACCAUCUCUGUUCGCUUGCUAGGAAUAACAGUAUUUUUUCCUCAACGGGCUUUUAUUUUUGUCGUGCGCAGGAUAGAGGGUAGUUUGUUUCCAUGGCACAGCGCAGUACCUAUAGAAGUAAGCGUGAUAAGGCAGCGUGUGACGUGCGUUCCCCCUCGGCAGCUCCUUGGCUCAGCGGAAAUUGCACGCUCAGAUAUUUGUGUUUCUCUCGCCUAUCGUUCCUGUUUCCUAGGUUUAGACCCACCAUCCUCCUCCUGCACUGCCUUGAGCUCUAACACCUCCAUUACUGUUUAUAACAGUGUAUUUAUUACGUAAUGUAUAUACUGUAAUGUUUUGUAAGUUAUUAAUUUAUAUGAAUUAACAUUGCCUGUCGGCGGCGAUGUUAAUUGUGUAGAAAACUCGGAAUAAGAGUUGCCUUUUUUUCUUGUAACCUUUUGUAUUGCAUAAAAUACAAGAACCUGAACAUAGCUGAAGAGACAGACGCAACCCAGGAAGGGCAUUCGGGUGGCAGCCGCCCGCGGGGGGUUCGUCUUCACGGCGAGCCGGCGGGGGGGACACCGGACCCCAGGGCAGCGGGCGAGCGGUUGGAAGUGCUGAAAACCUGGAGGGGGGGGAACCGAGAAAAAGAAACCCCCACGAACGGGCCGGCUUUUAAAUGUCACGUUCCAAUUUCUGAACAACCCAAUGUGAAUUUCUAUGACAAAAAUGUGAACUGAUGUAAUAAUUGUGCUGUGAAACUUCUUCUGACAAAGCUUGUCCGGCAUCGUGAGCGGUGUCAAUCUCAGUUUGUAAAAUAUGUUUCAAGCUUUUGGUCCAACUUGUGACUAACUAGUUAAUGAAAAUAGCACAGUUGUGCAUGAUCAAUGGGUUUGUAUGUCUGUUGAACACUGCAUUGUUCCAGGUGGUUAUUUUAUUGUUUCCAAAAGUUUCACACAAUGUAUGUUAUAGUAUUAUAUAUUGUGUUCAGAUGCAUUCUUAAGAGAUUUUUAUAUGAAGUGAAUAAAUGAAAGCAUGACCCUG